AUGGAUCCAUCCGCUGCUCCCUCUGUCCAGAUCCUGACCGGCAGCGACCCCGAUAGCCUCAACUCUACCACCGAGUCCACAUCCGAGUCCAAGCCCUCGCGCGGCCCUUCCGUUGCAAAGUCCCGCCUGAGCGACUGCUCGCUCCAGAGCCAGGACCGCUCGUUCGUAAAGUCCAUGCCCAGCAUCAACGAGGUCCGGUCCGAGUUCCUCAAGAUCGAAACCAAGAGCGGCUCCUCUGCCGGCGCUCCCUCCUCGCCCGCAGCCUCGACCAUCUCCAAGCUCUCGGGCCACUCCAGCCUCAGCACCCUCAACAAGCAGCACUCGGAGCAGUCCUUCAAGAGCCUGGGCUCGCUGGGCUCGGGGGGCUCCGGCAGCAUCUAUUCAUUCCGUGAUCCGACCCAGUACGAGCUGGUCCUCGAAAAGAUCCUAAACCGCCCACCGGCCCCCAACCCCGACACGGCCUCUCAGAGUCUUCGUUAUCGACGCCUGCUGAUGAUGGAAAAUGUGCUUAUGCGUCUGCGCGAUCCGCAGAUCGGCAUCGAAAUGGGUCUCAAGAAGAAGCUCUUCAAGGAAAAGAUUCCGAGCUUCACAGGAGCUGCUUUGGUCGACUGGAUCCUGAUCAACUGCAAUUUCUUGGACCGAGAGGAGGCCUUCAAGCUGGCCCAGACCCUGUUCACUGAGGGAUACAUUGUAUCUAUCGAGCUCUCGUCCCGCUUUCGAGACGAUAGCAGCUCGUACACUCUACAGUCUCCGCUCAUGUUUCCUGCGCCGGACUGGCGACUAGACGAUAUGGAGUAUGCUGCGUAUUUGGUCAGACGAACUCUCCGAAGCACGUCAAAGUUUUACCUCCAGGACUGGGAGAUCGAUCGGCUCAACAAGCUACAGAUUGUCAUGGACAAGUACUGGCACCAGGUGGAGGAUAAGGUCAAGAACCAUCUGGUGGUGAUCAAUUCCCUGGGCAAGCACGAGCGCAAGCUGUUUCAGUACCAAGAGUACGCCUUCUGGCGUGCCCAACGUCCCGAGGCAAGUCCCAUCUUUGCAGACUCUCUUGGUCUGCCAGUCGAUCCCGGUGCGCUUCCAAUCAACAGUAGUGAGGAGAAGCAGGAAAUGGCUGCACCUGUGCAGCUCAAGGGAAAGGAUUACCUUUCCUGGCUUGAAAGGAAAAUUGAGCAGUUUCAGAUUGCCCUGAGCUCGAGUCGGGUCAAGAUUUCGCAGGCAAGCAAGAGCUUGAUCAGUCGCACAGAGCUCUUUCUGCCUCAAGACCCUCUCUUGAUGGACGACGACUCGAAGAAUUCGCCAAACCCAUGGAUUUCAUCCUCCACGGCCGUGUGGACUGCUGAAAGAGUCAAGCCCAACGACGCCGAGAUCCGCAUCUGGUGCUCGUCCUUCCCCGAUUUAAUCUGCGACCCACUCGGCCAAAAGUUCUUCCGCCAGUUUUUGUGCAAGGAAUUCUCAUCGGAAAACUUGGAUUUUCAUCUCAAGUUCCUCGAGCUGCAGGAAGCGCCGACCCGCAAGGAGUUUACGCGGAUCGCAUACGAGAUCUACUGGGACUAUAUCAGGACCUCGAGCGCGCACGAGCUCAACAUCAACGAUAAGACGCGGUCGAGUGUCAUUGCAAUCCUCGACAAGGCCGUCGAGGACGGUGUCUUCACUGGCGUCAUCAAUCUGAAGAAGCUCGAGACCUAUGCAGUGCACGUCGACACCAUCGGCGCCGCGCAGUCGAGCACGACCUUCUCCAAGAAGAGCAUCGAGACCGAGGGCGGGCCACUCGUCAGCGAGUCCACGCCAUCUCCGAUCCUGCCAAAGAUGUACCAGCUUCCAUACAACGUCUUUGACGAGGUGCACGACCACGUCUACAACAUGAUGAUGAAGGACUCGUACCCGCGCUUCUGCAACUCGGACAUUGUCAAGGAGUUAAUCCAGCAAGCCAGUCUCACCCGGAGUGAUCCUGGCCUGAGCAAGAUCAAGUCGCAGAGCGAGUUCUGA